AUGCAGAAUGUGGAGAAUCUCUGUGAGGGUGUGGAGUUGGAUGAGAUUAUGGGCUUUGAGUUUAUGGAUGGUAAUGAGCUCUUCCUAGGUAAUCCCUUAUUUGUGAAAGGUAACAUAUGCAAUGACUUUAACUUCAUUAUUGACAAGCUGAUGGUGAAAAACACAAACGCUCUUUGGGUUAAUAUCCUUACGGCAAAAUAUUGUCGUGAGUCAGGCUUUUGGCAUUGCAAUCUCCCUCGUUAUGCUUCGCAUGUGGCAAGGGGGAUUUGGAAAACCAGGCAAUUCAUCAAUGAUAAUUGUUUGUGGUUAAUGGGACAUGACUCGAAAAUCCAAGUGUGGAAUAAUGGCUGGUCUUGUGGCGAUGGUGUUAUUAUUGAUGCUAGUGCAAUCAAUCCUCAUGUGGUGACGGAUUUACCUAUUCAUGCAUUUUUAACAAAGAAUGGAGUAGAGUGGAACACGACUGAAGUGAAAUGGGUGUUCAGGCCUUCGAUUGCCGAGGUAAUCUUGAAUUGUAGGACUGAGGAUUUCAGUGAAGAGGAUAGGCUGGUGUGGAGAAAUAGUCCUAAUGGCGAGUUUUCAAUUAAGGCUGCCUAUAGGUGUUUACACACUGCUACCAUGUUCCAGGAUAACACUUGUACUAAGAUUUGGAAGCUGGGGCUCCAGGAGCAUUUGAAGCCUAUCCUGUGGAAAGCCUAUAGGGAUUGCAUCCCCUUUAAAUCUAGGUAUAAUCGUAUUUUUGGGUGGACAGUGGGCGACUAUUCCUUGUGUGGGGAGGCCUAUGGUGAUUCCGAAGCUCACUUUUUCUCGACCUGUCCAAUAACUUGUGGGUUGUGGCGCGAAAGCAAAUGGGGUAUUCGGUGUGAGGAGCCUUGUCUGUGUUCGGGGAAUGAGGUUGUAAAAUGGAUUAUUGAUCCUUCUACCAUCCCUGGUUCUAUCCAGGUGUGUGAUAGGGAAGAGUUUUCUCUCUUUGCCUCGGUCAUGUAUCACCCUCUUUGGUCGAUCAGGAAUGCGAAUUAUCAUAACAAUACCAAAUGGAGAUUUUGUGAUAUGAAGAAGAAUAUCUGGGAUGAAUUUCACUUUCAGUGGAAGCUAGUGGAAAGCGAGAGAGGGGAUUCAUUUGAUGGUGCUCCUCGCCCUGCUGUCUACUGGAAGCAGCCUAGACCUGGGAGAAUCUGGGUCAAUGUCAAUUUCCCUACUAAAGAUGGUGUUGGGGCGAUUGGGGUUGUGACAUGGGAUGAGGCGAUUGGUAAGGAUGCUGAGGUUCUUCGCAGGCUGGGUAUUAAGGAGGCUGAUAUCCUCUCUGAUAAUCAAGUUGUUGUUCAGGCUCAUUCUGCUUUGGUUACGCCCUUCUGGAAUGUUUUCUUUUUGUUCUCUAAGGCUCUGACCAUGCUUUCUAGUAAGAAGAUUGAGGUCUUGUGGAUCCCUAAGACUAAGAACUCUUCUGCCCAUGUCUUGGCUAAAUGGGGAUUGUUUAACAAUUGUAAGGGGUUUCUUAACUGCUGGGAGGUGACGCCUGCUCACCGAGAUCUUAAAUCAUUAUGA